UUGAAUUGUAAAGGGAUUGAAUAACAAAAUUUAAAAUUAUCUGAGAACAAAUUAUAUUAGAGUUUUUUUUUUAAAUCAGAAUUUUAUUAACCAUAUUUACUUUUAACCAGCUAACGUUAGUGUCAGUGAGAUUAUCAUACAUUUUGGUUCAAACAACUUACUGAAAUACCAGUCUGCUUCUCCAGCCACUUUUACUCCUAACAAACCUCUUAGCAAUUUCAGAAGAUGUCCAUCAAGGUGUAUUACAGCAGUGUGAGUGGCUCUAGAGAGGUGAAGCAACAUCAGUCUGAGAUUCUGAACUUCCUGGAUGCCAAGAAGAUCAAGUACUUUGCUGUGGACAUCGCAGGAAGCGGAGACUUGAAGGAGGAGAUGAGGAAGAAAGUGGGAAACCAAUCAGCGAUGCCCCCUCAGGUCUUUAAUGGAGACAAAUACUGUGGGGACUAUCAGAAGUUUUCUGAUGCAAUGGAGGAUGGGAAACCAGAGGCAUUCUUCAAACUCUGAACUGGCACACUGUUCUAAAUCCUUGUAUAUUUUAAGAAUAUAUAUGUUAAGAAGAUACGCAUUUUACACCAUUAAAUAAAAAGCAUAUAAUUUCUA